AUGCAAGCAAAACUGUUUAUGAUCCCUUGGCUCAUCGAGCUCGUCUAUUCACAACGAAUAGUUCCUCCAGCCACAAAUCCAGCGGCACCUCCAGUUUUGACCAACGACCUUCUAGUAGACGCCCACCGUCGGCACUUUCUGGAAAUGCUCAGAAGGCAACAGCAAAUAAAUGAUGCUCUUCUUCUCAACAAUGCACUCUUGCAUCCUCUUCCACCACUUCAUAUUCCAACAAAUCCAACCGAGCCACUACUUCCACCUGCUCCGCAACUUUUCAAUCCAUUUGCUCCCGCCACGAGUCAAGGCUCCACCAGCAAAUUAGGAACAUAUGGAAAGGAAGAGGAACCGGAGAAGAAAGAAACGGACGAGGUAAACUCGUCUGUUGAGAAAGACGGAACUGUUGAAAGCCCUCAAAGAACCGACGUGGUUAAGAAGACGUUGGCAGGAGUGAAAACUGUAUCAAUUCAAAAGAAAGCAAGCGUGGCAUCAGAUAGUGUUGUAGAGAGCGACAUUCGUCCCAUUCCUCCAACAACAACCACGAUUUCGCCAGAAGAUCUUGAAGUCGUUCAGUUGUUCAAAAAGUUGAAUUUGAGUAAAGAAGAAACGAAAAGCAUAGUUGAGAGGGUCGAGCAGGUAGUCAGAGAAAAACUGAUGAGUAAGAAGUUGGAGCAAGAAACGACGACUACCACAGAGGCAACGACGACAACUUCUACCACCACCACAACUAAAGCUCCUACGACUACUACCACACUAGAAACAACAACUUCUACUACAGAGGCUCCUGUGACUACUACAGAGCCAUCAGUGGUCACAGAGGAGUAUGUUGAAGAGGAGGAUUAUGUACCACCGACUUCUUCACCACCACCUCAAAUGCACAUCAGAAGUGGAGAAACCAUCAAUAACCUAGUGCUUCUCCAACGCAAUAACCUCAAACACCAUCCUAUUAGAAUCCAGGAGAAGAAAAUCCCAGAGCCAUUGGAAUCUGAAGAAAUCUCUCAAGGAUCUGUCAAGACCUCGCUCACUCAUCUCCCAAUAUUUGUGGCCAAUGAAGAAGAAGAAAAUGGGGACGCUCAGAGUUUGAAAUCAUCACUUCAUAAGAGAAUUCUGAUUGCUUCAAAAGAUAGAGAGAAAGAGAAUGAGAAAGAUUUGUUAGUGGAUUUUGCAACUGGUGCUCCGUUGGAUCUAACGGAUGUGGAGGUUAAAACUAAGAAUCCAGAAGCGCUCCCAGCUGCCACGUCAUCAGUAUAUUCUACAUUGCCAACAGUGACAAGUAGGCCCGUUGCUCCACCAAGGCUCAAUUAUCACGAAAGAACCGAUUUUGAGCGCUUGGCAUCUGACUAUCAACGUAGACUGGAGCACGCUGGAGACAUUAACAAGAUCCUUCAGAAAAUAUCAGAAAAUGCAUAUAUCUCAUUAGUAGAACGUGGUGGUCGUCGAAGGCUGUUCGGAAACUGA